UGGUUAAUUCUUGAAUUCCUGAGUCACAGGCAACCUUUGGCUGGGAUUGCCGCUUGGGGAGGAGGAGGAGGCAGAGAUGAGGAUGCAUGACUGCCCAGAUCUCAGUGAGCGGCUCUGAAGAUCAACAGCAGCUCCCGGGCUGCAACGGCCACCCUGCGCUGCCCUGGUGACAGAAGGACAGUGGGGACAGGUGCCCUUCAUCCUUGUCACCUCACAAGAGCACCCAUGGCCCCUGUGCCACAGCCUCGCUUCACUAUGUCCUUGUGUCACAGGCGGCUGGCAACAUGGCAGCUGGGGGGGGCAGCGCUUCCAGAACCUUCUCGAGGGGCGCUGAGGGGAAUGGCCGCCCCUCAGGGCAGCAGGGUGCCAUGCACUUCUGCCGGGUCCCACACCAGCCCUGAGAGGACAGCUCCAGCAGAGCCACUGCCCGAGCGUCUCAAGGGAGAGAGGACCAAGGUGUCCAUGCGAGGGGUGGCAGGGCCCUCCCUGAGGCGUCUUGCCGCCAUUUUGAAGGUGCUGGCAAGGAGAUGGCUCCAGGCACAACAUGGCGGCCAGAGGAAAGCCCUGCUCCUUUGGCUUGGGAUCUGGGCAGUGCUGGUGGCUUCUCUGCUCCCCGGGGCAGGCAGCUGUCAUCCACCACCAGGCUAUGCUGUCCAUGAGAUUGUCCGGCCGAGGAAACUGGCCCAGAGGGCGGGAAAAGCCACAGAGGGAGAAAUGUCCUACGUCCUCAGGGUGGAGGGAGAGAACCGUGUCGUCCACCUCAGGCAGAAGAGAGGACUCCUGGUGAAAAACCUGCCCGUCAUCACAUACAGCCCUGAGGGGACAAGAGUGGUGGAGCAGCCCCAUGUCCCAGAGGAGUGCUACUACCUGGGCUACAUCGAGGGCAGCCCUGACUCCCUCGCCAUGCUGAGCGCCUGCUCGGGUCUGAGGGGACGGCUGGAAAUCGGCAACCUGAGCUAUGGCAUCGAACCUGUGCCAGGGUCCGUCACCUUCCAGCACCUUCUCUAUCGGCGAGACCAGACCCGGAACAAGCCCUUGGUGUGUGGAAUGACGGAUGAGGUGAUCCAAAACCAGGCAGGUGGAAAGGGAGCUCAAACAGGCUUAAGAGAACAGGACAUCUCUAAGAGACUGAAGGAAACCAUGUACGUUGAGAUACUUGUGGUGGCAGACAGCUAUCUAUUUUCCUUCCACGGGCGCAAUGAGUCCUCCGUGAUGCUUCAGGUUAUAGAUAUAAUCAAUUUAUCUGAAAUGCACUAUUAUCCUCUGAAAAUUCGCGUCUGCCUGAUUGGGCUGGAGAUCUGGACACACAGCAGCUUCAUUGGGUACAGCCAGGAUAUAGAAGAAGUUCUUAAAAGAUUUAACAGCUGGGCAAAUCGGGAUCUUUCUGUGAGGAUGGCAUAUGACGUCACACAUUUAUUUACUUACACAGACUUUGGAUCAGUUGUUGGGCUGGCAUUUGUAGGUACCAUCUGCUCCCCUGAUUACAAGUCAGGUCUUGUCUCACAUAUACGGGGAGAUGUCUUAACCAUUUCAAUAAUUUUUACUCAUGAGCUGGGUCACAACCUGGGGAUGGAGCACGACAAAAAGCAGUGUGUGUGUGGAGAAAAUACGAAGUGCUACAUGACGCAAGGCUCGGUCAAAGGUGCCAAGGCUUUCAGCAACUGCAGCCUGCAGAGCUACUUGGACCUGCUCAGCAGAGGCCAUGGCAACUGCUUGCGCAACAUCCCAGCGCCCCACAGGCUGUUCUAUGCUAAGCUUUGUGGCAACAAGGUGAUCGACCAGGGAGAGCAGUGUGACUGUUGGGGACAGGCGGGCUGCCAAGGCCACCCCUGCUGUCACCGGACCUGCAGGCUGAAGGCAGGGGCCGUCUGCUCCAUGGGGCAAUGCUGUUGGAAAUGCCGCUUUCGUGCUGCAGGACACAAGUGCAGGUCGGAGGGGGACGAGUGUGACUUACCUGAAUAUUGCAAUGGGACUUCUGAGUGGUGCCCUGAGGAUUUACACAAGCAAGACGGGACACCAUGCAGCAAUGACGGCUACUGCUACCAAGGUAAAUGCGCGACCUACGACAACCUGUGCCAAAAAGUCUUUGGGAAGAAAGCUCGAGGUGCUCCAGAGAGUUGCUUCAAAAAGCAGAACAUGAAAGGGGAUCAAUUCGGCAACUGUGGCGGCGAUGGGACCAGCAUUCCUUUUGUGGGAUGUAAAGCCCAGGACGUGCUGUGUGGCAGGCUGCAGUGUGUCAACGUGGAACAGAUUCCUGUUCUGCACGAGACUGAAAUCAUCAUCCAGACGCCAGAAAAUGAGGACUGGUGCUGGGGCACAGCCUACCAUGCCGGCAUUGAUACACCCGAUGUCGGACGAGGACUUGAUGGCACUAAAUGUGGGCCAAAAAAGAUCUGUCUUAACAGGACAUGCACAGAGGCCACAAUCAAUAUGACGUGUGACGCGCAGGUUUUGUGCAGGGGGAGAGGGGUUUGCAACAACCUCCAUCACUGUCACUGCGAUGCCGGCUGGGCUCCUCCAGACUGCCAGUUCCAUGGUGUGGGAGGGAGCGUGGACAGCGGCCCCCCGCCACCUCUCAGGAUGUCCUUUGUGGGGAUUCUCAAAAAUAAAAUGUUUUGGAUCGUAACUGGGAUCACAGUUCCCACUGCCCUCCUUCUGAUUGCUCUCCUCAUUGCUGUAACCAGACACAGAAAGGCAAUAGCUGCAUUUUUCAGUAAAAAAUUAGCCAGAAAGAGAAGUGAGAAUUCUGUAGAUGAGCAGAUGAGUACAGAAGAAGAAUUUUCCUAUUAAAAACAUGAAAGCAGUGGGAAAGGCACCAGGUGAGGUUUGGAAAGGACUGCUGGUCCCAUGGCUAUGCCACAGAGCCAGACUGCUAAUCCCAGGAGAUUUUUCCACAAAGUCAUAUCCAUGACACAACUGUGUAAACUGUAUGAAAGUU